AUGAAAAUUGAUUGUCGAUGCAAUAAUGUUUUCUUAUUUUGUAAACAUCAUGAAAUAGCGACCGGUCGUCCCAUCAGUUCAAACAUUUUUGCAUUGUUCGAGAACAUGCUUCGUGGUGAAGAGAAAAGAAAAGAAAGAAACUUUCAUUUUGAUAGCUUCGAGCAAUUUCGUAAGACCGUGAAAUUACAUGUGGGCUUUGUUAUGGAAAUUAAUUGCGCCUGA